GUCUCGCUUCCUUCGGGGUGGUGGCCGCCGUGUUGCUUCGCUAGCUUCCCCAGCUUCCCCUUCUCAGGCAUGGCAAUGUAGGCAGAUCCCAUCCCGGAGAAAGUUGUGUUCAAGUGCUCCACAAGUUGCUGACAACCCGUCUCUCAUCUUUGGAGGUUCUCAGCGACACUGACGACCACCGCGGGGACCUUUUCCUUUUGGGACUUUUUUGCGUAGCGGACAAAGGGAAGAGACUUGUGAGCUAACCAUAGUUAGCUUGAGUCCGCUAACUUAGCAUUCCUCCAUCAUGCAGGCCAUCAAGUGUGUCGUUGUCGGAGACGGAGCUGUGGGUAAGACCUGCCUGCUCAUCAGCUACACCACCAAUGCCUUUCCUGGAGAGUACAUCCCCACAGUCUUCGAUAACUAUUCUGCCAACGUGAUGGUUGACGGCAAGCCUGUGAACCUGGGCCUGUGGGACACGGCAGGACAGGAAGACUAUGACAGACUCCGCCCACUCUCCUACCCUCAGACGGACGUGUUUCUCAUCUGCUUUUCGCUUGUGAGUCCGGCUUCCUUUGAAAACGUCCGUGCCAAGUGGUACCCAGAGGUGAGACACCAUUGUCCCAACACCCCCAUUAUCCUGGUGGGCACCAAGUUGGAUCUGAGAGACGACAAGGACACCAUCGACAAGCUGAGGGAGAAGAAACUCUCCCCCAUCACCUACCCACAAGGCCUGGCCAUGGCCAAAGAGAUCAGUUCCGUCAAGUACCUGGAAUGCUCGGCUCUGACUCAGCGCGGCCUUAAGACCGUGUUUGACGAGGCCAUCCGCGCCGUCCUCUGCCCCCCGCCCGCCAAGAAGAAGAGGAAGAAGUGCAGCCUCCUCUAAGGCGGCGCCACCACCUCAUAACAAUGUAGAUGUAGCCAGCAGCUGUUUGGAAUCGUGUCACACAACUCUGAGAAUUCAAAUUCAUUCAGCCUUUUUUUUUUUUAUUAAAUCAAUGGUGGAGCUGUUUAUUUUGUUUACAGUCUGGGUUCUUUUAAGUGGACGUCUUGUUGCCAAAUACAUACUGCAAAAAAAACAAAAACAAGAAUGCUGCUGUUUGUCCAAACAUGUUCAUAUCAAAUCAAAGUGCAGGUUUGCAGACACCAACAGUGCUAUUAUUAUUAGUAGUAGUAGUAGUAGUAGUAGUAGUAGUAGUAACCAUUCUGCGUCCCGACUGGACCUUUUUCAUUUUACCAUAAGGCAACCCCCCCCCAAUAUUGUGGUGUUUGAACUGUGUGGUGGCGGGAUACAAGAGCACCUUUGAUGCUCCUUGGGCAUUUAGCAAAAACCUUUUUUUUGUAAAGUCGCAUCACGACUGGCCAAAUAUCAGUGCCUGUUAGUAAGAAAGCUACUGUCGGUUGUAGUGUAGGAUAUAUUCUCUUUUGUUAUAAUCAUCACUGUAUUGUUAACCUAACACUAUGAAUAUGCUUUUAACCUCCAUACUAUCUUUGUGCCACAUAUACUGAAAAGUACAAACGUUUGUCAUUGCUACAUUUAUGUUUUUCUUUGCCUCGUUACAAAAAUGUAUUUGAACUACUAAAAAGGGGUAAGAACACGCUCAUCUUUUUGUACUCGGACAUCAAGCUGUGCUUCAAUUCAAGCCAACGUGGUGACUGUUGUAGUUUUAUGGAUUAAAAAAAGCUAUUGUCACUUUUUGGAAAACGCCAAUAAAGUCCAGUAAAAUCA